AUAUCAGGUGGUUUAAUUUGUUUUCGAAUGAUUUUAGCGUCACAUCAAAAUAGUCACGUCAAACUAGUCUCUAAACGCUGCUUCCAUGUGGCGAACUGACAUAUAGCAGGGGAAUAGACUUUUUCGACCAUGAGAGCGAAGAGAGGAGCAGGCCAAAAGGUGAUGAUGUCCGGUUCCCGCCACAACAGACCGGCAGAAUCAUCCCGCGUUCCUCCACUAGCCAGGGAAUAUAUCAGCGCAAUUGCCACGGACCGGGAAUUGGAUCGAUUCAUGGCCCUUUCGUCGACGGCAAGUAGUGGAGCCAGUGGCAGCACCCACAGUUGUGCCCUAGGAUCAGUCCAGCCGCCAGGAUGUGCGUCCAUGGAAAAUGAAUCGCGACCAGAAUCUGGCCACAGGCGUCGCACGACGUGCAGCGAUCAUCCUUCCCGGGAACGGUCAGUUUCACCACCACCCAGUAAGCACACAAUCAGUCAGUUCCCAUCACCGAAAUCACAAGUAACUCAGGCAAAACCGGAUGAAUACACUAUAAUUCCUAUUGUAUUGGCCAGUAGCCCCAGUUUUCGUUCCGUAGCAGUCAGCCAAACAAUGUCCCAAUCCGCGGAAGAUAUACGCACACCUACCAAGUCGCCCCAGAUGCAAAACAAAAAAACGCAGACACCAGAGUCUGUCCUUAAGUCACACAAACGCCUGGAGUGGGAUCCUGCUGCCGAUGUGGGCUACUGCAAGAGGGCAAUGUCCAUGAGUAACAUCAGCACGCUGGAGCGAUCCGUUCUGGAGGAUUGCGGCUGGCGUCAGCCAACAGAGCAGCGACCCGAGGCGAAUUUGGAUGGAGUGCAGCCCCAUGAAGCCGAGGAACCGUCGCCAAUGCUGGGUAAGCCGACGCCGCCACUGGCUUGCAGCACAUUCGUCAAUCGCAGCGAACGCAUGAAGUCUCUAAACUCUAGAAUGGAAAGUUCAUUGAGCUCCAAUAAAGGGGAUUCUAGGAAGAAGUGCAAAAGUAAGUCAAGGAGACAGGAUUCCGAAGUUAGCUCUUGUCAGACGGACUGUCGUAGCAGCUCGCGAAAGGAGUCAACUCAAGGCAGUUCCGAAGCAAAAGAUAUUCGUGGAAAUUUUUCAACAGAAGGUACCCAAUGCAGUUUCAAUAGAAAUGAUACCGAAAUUGACUCCAUAAUGGAAGCAGAAGGAUCAAUCGGCAGCCGUAGGAAAGACGAUUUAAGGAUUAGUUCGCGAGUACAAGAUCCACAGAUAAGUUCUCGCAGACCAUCGGUGAGUAGCUCGCAGAGGGAAUCGCUGAGCAGUUACAGAAGAGACGACUCCAGGCUCAACUCACCAAAUAGCUCCAGAUUGGGAUCACAAGUCAGCUCAAGGGUGGAGAGCUCGCGUUCCAGUUCAAGGCGGGAAUCACAAACCACCUCGCUGUACGGCAGUUCGUCGGCCACUAGCUUUGAUUAUCACAUGCAUAUGGCGCAGGAAGUCGAGGUGGUCAAGCAGAAUCAAAGGAGACAACAAGAGAAGGAGGUUGAGCCGCAGGAGCAACUGGAAAAAAAGCAGCACCAAAAUGAUAUGCAACAAGAGGAACAAAACGGAAAUGAACUAAGGAACAAGGAUCAUCAUUCGGAAACGAAGCAGCAAGGUAAUCAGCCACUCACGAGGGACCAAAGAAAAGCUGAACAGCGCCAAGAAAAGGAUCAUCAACCGGAAAGGGAACAGCAAGGAAUUCAGCAACUCACGAGGGACCAAAGAAAAGCAAUACAGCGCGAAAAGGAGCGCGAGCAAGAGCGACAGUACACGGCGGCUCAGUUCGAGAAGAUUCGGAGCAAUAGGCGACAUGCGAACAAGGAGAACCAGCAGCCCGAGAACCCUUUACUAGAUCCCCCCACCGGCGUCACCGCCUCCACAUCAUCCACCUCGUUAGACAUUGGAUCCGGUAGUAGACCGCGAGGGGAACUGGAUCUAGGAAUCGAUUUGCUCUGUUCUCUGGUAAGAUCUCGCAGUCUGAGCCAGGGACAGAAGAAGAAACUCGUCCGGGAUAUAGCCAGGCGUAUCUCUUGUCUGGAACUGACCGAAUCCAGUACUAGUUUGCGUUCCCUGAGCAUCAGCAGCAAGGAGCAGUUGAAGGUGCCUACAGGUUCUCUGCAGCAAGUUGCGCCCACCAGUACGAACCAUUCUAGUUCGAGAAGCUCAUCCAAAGCUGAACGCAUUGCGCUACCAGUUCCCGCUCCACGAAAGCGAGCGGUUAUCGGAUCAGCUUCGCCACUGCCUGUAAGCUUAUCGUACAGUGGCUCAACCAGUGGCUCAGGCGAGGUGAUCACCCAAAAGCCCAAUGUACCGACUCGCGCUGCCUCAACGGAUGCAGAUAUUGAGCCUUUGAACUUGCAGGAUUGGCUGAAUCCCAUGACCGUGAGUGAAAUAGAGUUCGAAGAGCGUUUGAAAGGAGGCACGGAUUCGGAGCGAAGGAGGCAGCUCCACUGGGUCAAAACAGAGAUUAAUCGCAUGCAGGGAUUUAAGAAUCUUUUGGAAAGUAUCAGUUUGCCCAGCAAGUCGCACAAGGAGGCAAACACGGAAUCUGAGCCUUCCGUGGACCAAUUUCAAUCUGCUGCGACGGCUGCGCAGAUUCCAAGUUCCAUGCGAUGUAUGGGCGACCAGAAAGAGCGACCGGACAAGGAAUAUCAUCUGCAACCAGGAAUGGCAGCUGAAGCAGUUGAAGAGAUGGAAAAUUCGGGAACAGCAAAAACACCGCCUCCCCCAGUGAGAAUUGAAUCGGUUGGAGUAAAUCUGACCAACUCUGAUCCUUCCACACUGCCAGCACCGCCGCCGACACAACCACCACCACUACCUCCUCACCUUUACCAGCAGAAUCUGCAGAACCGUAAAAAGAUGGCCACUCCAUUACUUGCCUCGAGUAGCUCCACAAGUGGCGGCGCUCGCAGCGAAAGUGUCUGCUCUUUUGUCCAGCAAAGACAGCGUCAGUUCCGCGAGCAUUAUCAGAACCAGCAGCAGCAACAGUUUGUAUUGCUCCAGCAACAGAAACUUUACCAGCUGCAGAAGCAGCUGAACCAGCAAAGAGAUAUUUUGACACAGAGGCAGCAACAUUGUGGUCAGUGUGCUCAAUGUGGUCACCAGCGGACUUGCGUUCAUCAGCAGCAUUGCCCGAAAAUUCAGAGGCGUCAACAGGAAGCACAGGAUCAGCACGAUGAACGAGAGCAAUAUAUGCAGAUGCAGUACGCCCAGGCGGCGGGAAGUGCCUAUGCCACUCCACUCCAGAGUGGUAGCUCAGGCGCGGAUAAGAAUGAAGCCAUCUACUACCAAGUGGUCAACUCUCAGGGAGUAGCUAGCUAUGUGCAAGCAACAAUGGUGAGCACAGGGACUCAAAAUGAAGCAAGUGCAACUGGUGAAGCAGGAGGCUCGGCAAUCACCAGAUCGACUACAACCACCACCAAUUCAUUGUCCUCGAUGAUGUGCAUCAGCUCGGACAUGUCCGUACCCAUGGGAUUGAUGAACACCUGUGAGACCACCACUACGACCACCACUCAUCAGUAUGAUGAUGUGGCAUGUCAGCGGGUGCGAAGGGGGCACAAGGAGACCAGGAUGAAUGCAGAGAGCAUGCAACGCCAAACGCUACAAGUGCGUCCGCGUGGCAUAUCCUAUGUCAUCCAGUUUACGCCGACGGGCAGCAGUGAGGUGCUUGGGGAAAUGCCCUCCCUGCAGGAUCAACUGCAGCUGGCUCGUCCCGAAUUCUGUGCCAAUGCCAAGCAGCGCAAGGCCAUACUUAAUGAGAUGCAGAUGAUUCGUAAUGUUCGGCGCCAGGAGCUGGACAAUGUUUUGAACCAGAGUCCCAGCAUGGAGGCGCUGAACAGGCAUCUGGAUCAGCUGCCUCCGCCAGCCAUUUCUCGCGUAAGGUUAUUUACCACCAGGGAAAUGAAGGCGAUAACCUCCAAACGCUGCAAAAAUUUGCCGGAAGUGUUGGCCGCCCAAAGUCGCCAGCAGGAGGAGCGCAGACGUCGCUCCAAUCGUUUGAUGCGCGAUGUCUUCAACAAGCGCCUCAAGAGUCGCGUGGCCAGCGGAAAGAUAUCGCUGAAUCACAGCGUGGCAAUCAUCUAGAGAAGAUCGAAUGAGGAUUUCCCCACUGCCGAAAUGACACCCACCAGUUAUAGUUUUUCAUUAUUAUGCUUUUGCCACUGCUAGGCUUUGUAUUUUUCUAUAAUUUUUAAUCGAUCACAAUUGUUUAAACCCAGAAGCACGUAUGGUUUAGUCUAUACGUAAUGUUAAAAUUUAAUAUAAGCGGCCAGUUAACUCCAAACAUAGAAAACUAUGUUGAUCUAUUUGACUAAAUUUGUAAUUUUUUUAAAAGAAAUAAAUUGAGCACAGGUUGACGAUCGAUUUAAAUCUA